AUGGGUUAUGCAGCAGAGGGAGUUACGGAGGUCCAAGAGGGACCAUCAGUGGAAACCGAGGCACGUGAUGAGGCAAUCCAGUGCGCCUGCCUUCCCCGACCCUCUGUUCAAGGAGCAGUGGUAUUUGAUGACGAAAUAUUUCUUUCCGUGAAUGGAGGUGCAGCUGACGGUUUAGACAUGAAUGUUGGAUAUGCUUGGAGGAAGGGCUAUACAGGAAAAGGAGUCGUUAUCACUAUUCUAGAUGACGGCAUUCAACCUAACCAUCCAGAUCUAUCACAGAAUUACGAUCCUGCGGCAUCGACGGACAUAAAUGGGAACGACACGGACCCGACACCGCAGGACAAUGGCGACAAUAAACACGGCACCCGGUGCGCGGGCGAGGUGGCUGCGGUCGCCUACAAUAGAUAUUGCGGCGUCGGCAUAGCUUACAAUGCCAGCAUUGGCGGAGUCCGGAUGCUCGACGGCCUUGUUAACGACGCAGUGGAAGCCCAAGCACUCGGAUUUAACACACAUCACAUAGACAUAUACAGUGCGUCAUGGGGCCCCGAAGACGACGGCAAAACAGUCGACGGCCCCGGCCCUCUGGCUAGAAGUGCAACUCAGGGAGGCUAUAAGCCGUGGUAUUUAGAAGAGUGUUCUUCAACAAUAGCUUCAACGUAUAGUUCAGGAACCCCAGGUCGAGAUAAAAGUGUGGCUACUGUUGAUAUGGACGUGCAAUUACGGCCUGAUCACAUUUGUACCGUAGAUCACACAGAUGAGUAUUACGAAGGAGGAAGGUGUAAAAAUUGCCAUUCGACCUGCGAGAAAUGUAGCGGGUCGAACGAGUGGGACUGUUUGUCUUGUUCGAGUCCCUUGUUGUUACAAGGAUCGAGGUGUGUAGCUGAGUGUGGGCCGGGUUUCUAUCAGACUGCAGGAAGAUGUUCGCCCUGCCCUCAUACUUGUAAGAGCUGCGUGUCAAGAUUGAAUUGCACAUUGUGCGCUGGUGCCUUACGUUUGCAGUCAGGAACUUGCAGAGCGACUUGUGCUCCUGGCUACUAUCCUGAUGAAGGAACGUGUUCCAAGUGUUACUUGUCCUGUGAGACGUGCACAGGCCCUAGAAGAGAUCAAUGUGCAUCUUGUCCUCCUGACUGGAGGUUGGCGGCGGGAGAGUGUCGCCCCGAAUGUCCGCAGAACUUCUUUCCUUGGCAGGACAGUUGUCGUCGCUGCCACCAUUACUGUCAAGACUGCCACGGCGCUGGCCCUCAGCGCUGUACAUCAUGUCCACCGCAUUUUUCAUUGGAAAACGGCUUAUGCGUGGAGUGCCUUAGUUCUCAGUACUAUGAGGCUAGAACGAGGAGUUGUCGUCCGUGUCACGACUCGUGCAGGUCGUGCUCGGGUCCGGGCCCAACCAGUUGUGUCACGUGUGCGCACCCCCUCCGUUUAGAUAGAGUGAAUCACAAAUGUUUGCCAUGCUGCACCGAGAGUACGGUGUCGCUUCUCAUUAAUAGCAAUCAGACGGAUUGCUGCCACUGUGAUAAGGAUAUUGGAGGUUGUUUAAACGGGUCAUCAGCAGGCAAGCGGCGGAUAGCCGAGAACAUUCGCACGCACAUAACGGCGUCAUUUUUCAUCGAAGACUCUAAGGACGCCUCGAACAUUCUAGAACGUAACUCACUUGCUGUGUGGGGUGUGGGCGUCUUUCUCCUAGCUACAGUCCUCACUUUGAUUGCUGUUAAGUUAAAAAGGUCAAGAAAACACAAACACAGAACUAUGUUCCCGAAAACCGAGUACUCCCAGUUGACCACCAUCGAUGAAGACUUGGUAGCGAUGACGUCAUCGACCACUUUAAAAGCCCUCGACAGUAUACAAAUACAAAGUAAAACUCAACUUGAAGAACCAACAUAG